AUAGGCACGGUGACCCAAUAAUGGCACAUUUUGCUCACGCCCCGUUUCCAUGAUGUCAUGCAGUGACAUGUACACAUCCAGUUCAGUCCAAGGAGUAGAUUGCUAUCAUACUAUCGGACGACAUCCAUCAUGUCUGAAGUCAAGGUAUCGGGAAUUGGCAAGGACACCUCGGAGCUUAUGCUCCGUGACUUCUUCAGCUUCUGUGGGAAGAUUACGAAUAUCGAGCUAAAGGAGGACCAACAAAAGUCUGCUGUUGUCACGUUCGAACGCCCUUCGGCUGCGAAGACGGCACUUAUGCUUGACGGUGGUACCUUGAACGGUGCCACCCUGCAUGUCACCUCUGACGCAGAGCACGCGGAACAAGCUGAACCACAGGAACACCCAAGUCCCGUUCGUCACAUCGAGCAAUCUGAUAAGCCCAGGGCUGGGAUUGCAGCGGAGUAUUUAGCCAAAGGAUAUCAGCUCUCUGAUCAUAUUCUCCAGCGGGCCAUUGAAAUUGAUAAUAAGCAAGGGAUCUCAAAGAAAUUCCUUUCUUACUUCAAUGGAUUGGAUACUUCAAUCGGCCAGCGUGCACUGGGUCCUGAACAAACCAUAUCUGGCAAGGUUCAGUCUACCUACUACCAAGCCCGCGACCGCGCCAUGAGCAUCGACGAGCAGAAAGGGUUAUCCAAAGCCGCGCACGAAUACUAUUCGAAAGCACUUGCCUCACCUGUUGGGCAGAAGGUUCUUUCCUUCUACACGAACACUUCUAAGCAGGUCUUUGACAUCCAUGAGGAGGCCCGUCGCAUUGUCGGUCAGCGCAAGUCACAGCGCCAGGAAACCUCUUCCACUGCGCCUUCUGCGGGGGGUUCGGACGCACAAGCCGAACCGACCACCCAGGCCGCACCUACCGUGGUGUGAUUGAUUGACAAUAGCAAGUAUACAUUACGGUAUCGGGUACUGUACAAUAUAGUAAGGCUCGUGAAUUGAAUGAAGAAAAUAAGCUCCCUAGAAAUUGCUAAAGUAUCACCAGCGCAGCAGUCUGCUGUCCCUGUCCCUGAUUCAUCAAGUGCGGCACGGAUUUGUAGACUUAGGUACGUCCGCCAAGUCAUUUUGUGUCCGCAAGCCCAAAUCGGAGUGAAUGAAUGAUAUUGUCACCGUGACAACGUCGACUGAUAACUCCCCC